AUGAAUCAAUCAAAACCGCAGACCGUAUACUACAAUGGGCCAAGACCACCGGCUGUUCAAAUGUACCGCCGACAGGGUGAGCUUGUGGAUUUCGAUGCAGUCGAAGAUGGAAUACUUUUGGAUGAUUUCCUUACCGCAUGCGCUGAAGAGUUUCAUCACCCUGUACUUAACAGUUACCUACACGAGUUGUGUGAUCUUUCAGCAGUAAUUGAGUACUACAAAACCCCUGUGGAGUCUCCUGAUGCCCUCUAUCGACUGUCUGAGCGCGUCGGCGAUGACCUCCCAGCUAAUCUGUGUAUACAAACUGAACCCAUCCGUUUUAACCCGAAUGAUACUUCAUUCCUCAAACGGACCGCUUUUCCUGGUAGUUCGAACAUCGUCAGUGGACUGGCAACCUCGAAGCGUUACAAAGGAUUUCGAGCUCCUGCGGCCAGAAGAAUUGGAAUCGGCCAUGAAGACCGCGUA